UAUAAAAUGGAUUUUGGAAUUUAAAACUAAACAGAUGAAUAAAAAUAAGCUAAUAAAGAAUAUCCUAUUUAAAAUAACAAUGAAGGAAAUAAAAAUUAAUAAGGAUAUUGUGCCUUUUUGACAAUUUAGUAAAUAUUUAUAUAAUCAUUCUAGAUUUUAUACUCCUUACUUCAAUGUGACUGAAACAGAUGUAUUAUAGAGAAUUCAAGGUACAUUUUUACCAUUAAGACCAGACUUUUUGAAUUUGAUUAGAGGAAAUCCAGAUUUGUAUUUAUUUAUUUUAAAUUUUAGGUGGGGACCUAUUUGGAUAAAUGCUACCUUAAUUUUUUUGAUAACAGCAAUAGCCAAUUUAAGAUAAAUAGAUGAAGAAAAAGAAAAUCAAUCCUUUGUAAUUAGCUAUGUUCCAUAAGCAACUGCUUUACUUUAUAUAAUAGCAUUUGGAACUCCUAUAAUUUUAGCUGGUGUAAUGAAGUUUUUGGGAGUUGAUUUAAGUUUCUUUUAAACCAUUUGUUUAUAUGGAUAUUCUAUGUCAACCUUAUUACCUAUAACCAUAUUGUGUUAUUUUUAAAAUGAAUUAUUCUUAUGGUUAAUAAUUGUUUAUGGAUUUGCUAAUUCAUCAUUGUUUUUAAUAGUGAAUUUAAAAGAGUAAAUAAUAUAUUUAUAAUUUAGAGAACUAGAUAAAUUAUAGAUUUAGAAGAAAUAUAUAAUAAUAGGAAUAGUUGUGACAAUGCAAUUAGCACUUUAUUUGUUUUACAAAUUGGUUUUCUUUUCAUAUGUAAAUAAAUGA